GCACAGAUCGCUGGAGUUGCCGCAUCCCAGCUUGCCCGCGUUUUGCAGAAGCACGGCGAAAGGCAUCGAAGGCGUCGAGCUGUCAACACCGAGGCCAAGCAAGUGGCGGCAUCUGUCGACGCCUCCAUCUGGGCCCUCGGCAUGAUCUGCGAGCACCAGGAGAAGAACGUCGGAGGCGACUCUACUGGGGCCUGGCAGAUGUGGCUGUCUCACAUGCCUCCGCGCUACGACAAGGAGAUUGGCCAGAAGGCCAGCGCGCAGCUCCUUGAGCUCGUGGUCAAAAACCACCCGGUAGUGACGGCGCCUGAGCAGCUGCCCAGAGUUCUCGCGAUUUUUGCAGACGUCUACAAGUCCAAGAACUCGAAUUCCGUUCUAGACAAGGAAAUGGCGUCUGCAGUGGCGCGAGCUGGGGAGGGGCACGGCUCCCGAUCUUAUGCUAAAACUUGUGCUUCAUUCCUCCGGGGUGCAUAG